AUGCAAAGUAGAAACGAUUCACUUUCUGUCCUAGGCCCCACAAUAAGCGGGUCUCCAGCAGUACUGCUAACACCAGGAAGAACGAGAAAUAUCGCUCAAGAUAUGGAAGCUCUAAGGUUAUCAAGGCAAGAUAACCCGUAUUUACAGCAGGUUAUGGCAAGCAGAGAGAGUCUAAUAGAAAGUCAUCAUGAUGAAUGUGAAUCAGAUGAUACUAUUUUAAUGUCACAGGAAUUUGGUAGUGCACCUCUUGAUUUUGUAGAAGAUGAUCCUCUGACAUUGAAAGAGGUUCAUGAACAUAUGAUAAGAUCACCACCUCCUACCAGUUGUUGGCCACAAGAUAAUCUGUCUAACCGAGCGUCCAGUGCGUUUGAUUUCGGAGCGGACAGUCCAGUCUCAUAUAGUGCUUAUUCAGUCAAUUCUCAAGAAAAGGAGCUUCUCGGAUCCAGGUCUCCACGUCGUGGCACCCGGUGUGAUGAGACGAAAAACAAUAAUACCAGUAGACCUCGAUCUUCAAGAUCCGUAUCACCGCGAGCUCAUGAUAUAACGCUUUGUGGAAGACCACUGUCGUUACCAGGUGAAACCCACCUGCGUACAGCAUUAAAUAAAAAGCAGAAUCAGCAAGAUAGAUUUUCGAUUCUCCAACCACGCCCUAUUCGGAGACCGCACACCAAACGAUCAGAUGAUAGUGUCCAACUAGUGCCGGACUGCGAUAAGUAA